UCAUGAGAUGAAGAGUGUCGGUGUAAUUUAUAGUAAUAUUCAAUCUGCAGUAAAACUAUCGGAGUUCUCAGUGAGAGAGAGAGAGAGAGGCGCAGAGGCAGCCCUAUAUAUGCACUGUCGAUCAUGGCGUAGAAUAUCAUAAUACAUAAUGUGCAGGUUGCCCCAAGGAUCAAUCAUGCACGAAACAGUUAAAGAGUUGCUUGGCUCUGGAUAUCUGUUAUCGAUUGAUCAGACUAACUUUGUGUGCUUUUAGCAAUGAAAAGUGCUCUAUAAAUGAAAUUUAUUAUGAUUAUUAUUACAUCGGUGAUUUUGGGAGUCAGAAUCAGAAACACAACACGAAACGUUAUUGUGCCAGUUCAAAAACAUUACACACAGCGCAGUGGCGAUAAUACACGAGAGAAGUGGAUACAUUUAUUUAUUUACUAAAGUGAACUAACACUUUGAAUAAAGACACAGAAAAAAAUACAUUGACAGGGACUCGAUGAGCAAAUCAAGUGGAAUGGAUUCAAGGGUGUCAGGAAACAGGAGCGUGGAAGGCAAGUGAGUAAAUCACUGUUUAUCAAAAACAGAUAAUAAUAAAGUAGGAAUUGCAUUCAUUUGAAUGUAAUGUCACAUAAAAGAUUUAACAAUAACCUCUCAGUAUUUACAGGGGAAAUGUUGGCUAUUAUUUUAGCCCUAGAAUGAGUAGAAAACUGUAAGCCAAACAAAGUGUUAAUAGGAUCCGAUUCAUCAAUGCAUCAGAAGCAAGACGGGACAUAAUGCUGGAGAUAUCUCAAACUGUUUACGGAAUAAACAAGGCAAGAGUCAUCGGGAUUCCAGCUCAUAUCGGUGUAGACGGAAAUGAAUUGGCAGAUAAAUAUGCAAAAAGUGCAACAACAAAAACAGAAGUAAAUAUGGUCGUAAAUUAAAGUCAAUGUGUGUAUUUCCGCGCGUGCUCCGCAGCCCUCCGGAGCACGCGCGCUGCAAUUCAGCGCAAAACAGGUCGUGCGGAACAGGAAGUCGAGCACAGAAAAAAAAACACGUCAUAAUGGGCGGAGACAGCCGUGACGUCAACAGGUCAGUCAUUCGCAGGGUCUCCAUACAGUGGGAAUGAGAAACUGUCGGCUCCCUGAAUGAAUGUGCCGGUGUUACUGUCUUCUGACCCUCGGUGCCUGCGGUCAGUUGUCAUUCGUGUUUUAAAAAUCGAGCGCCACUCGCCAGUUAACUCUGGGCAUUUGACUCAUAAUAACUUUUAAUAACUUUUAAUAACUUAUAAUAAGUUGUGCGAAAGUUCGUCUGUCUGCCGGCGUUAGCUUCUAAGCGCUAGCAAGCGAGCUUCUCCCGUGGAAAAGAAGUCCCGUGGACGAGCGACACACGAUGUUGUUCCCGAGGCUCCUGCUCCUCCGGCUCUCCGCGGCUCUCCUGGCUUCGACCGCAGCCGCUUGGACGAACACAGACGGGACAAGUGUCGACAAAUUCAUCGUUAAAGAGGGGGAUUCUGUCACGUUACCCUGCUCUAUGACAAACAAGGAGAACCUCAGAGGAACGGUGUUCGACUGGAGGAAAGAUGGUCUGGAGGUCUUCCUGUACGUUGCUGGUUCUUAUUACGGAAACGGCCGUGAGGGCCAGGACGAGCAGUACAAAGGACGGGUCUCACAUUUUGAGGAAGAGCUGAAGGACGGAAACUCCUCCAUACUUAUCAGAAACACUCAGAUUGCUGACAGCGGAAACUACACCUGUGUGAUUCCACAUCUUUUGCCAGGACGAACAUUCUACAGUGAGCUUGUUGUUGGAGCAGCUCCAAAACCGUCCAUCAAGACACAUUGUGAAACAAAAGACGGAGUUCAGCUGCAGUGUGAAGUUCAUGGUGCGUCUCCAAAACCACAUGUCCAGUGGCAGGACAGAGCUGGAAACAUUGUUCCUGCUGAAGAACCUCAGGUCUCAGAAAGAGGAGGCAGCUACGACAUCGUCCUACAAACUACUGUGACCAAGACCGACUACUAUCGCUGUGUCUCCACACAGGACGAGAUCAACCAUCAGACACAUGCUGAGACUUAUGUUCCUGUUCAUAAGAAUCAUGGAUGGAAGUUUGCUGUUGGAUUUGUUGUCGGUGUAGUUUUGACUCUUCUUGUUGUCGGUGUCGUUCUAUUUGUGCUUUUCAAGACUGGUCGCAUCAAACGUGAUAAAGGUUCUGGUCAGCAGAGGAAAAGUUCUUCUACUUCAGUGGAGUCGGUUCCUCUCAAACCGUCUGGUGAUGAAAUGGUUAACGGUUCGGUGGUACACCACGGUGGAACUCCCGACGGUUCUGGUCAGCUGGGGAACGUUCCUGCUCCUUCAGGAGACGAGGCUUGUGUAAUACAGGUUGUCGAAGGAACAGAUACCGGUUCGGCGGUACACCACAGUGAAACUCCCAACGGUUCUGGUCAGCAGAGGAAAAGUUCUUCUACUUCAGUGGAGUUGGUUCUUCUCAAACCGUCUGGUGAUGAAAUGGUUAACGGUUCGGCGGUACACCACGGUGGAACUCCCGACGGGUUCUGGUCUGUGGUGGAACGGUUCUGCCUGACUUGCUCGCAAAGAAGCUACACCCCAGUAUUUUGUAACGUCCGUCGCUCGAAUGUCUUUUAAGGUGUCGGUGGGUGAUGUUCACACACUGUCGUCUGGUGUGUUCCGAAACAUUUUUUAGUUUCUCACACCGAACUGACGGCUGGCGGCGGUGAGGAAAAUAUUCAUUGACUUUUACAAGAAUUGUUUUCUGCUCACUGCCCUUUUUUAUAGAUUUUUUUUAUUCUGACUUUCAUAUUCACUACUUCAGAAGUCUUUGCAUAAUUACUUGAACCAAGAGCCAUGGAGCUGAUGUCGUCAGCUUCUCUGUCAAACAACCAGCAGCAUUAUUCAAAAACUAGUGAACUGAUUUCCAAGACAUUUUGUGGAGGGGGAGCACAGACCUGCCUCGCUCAAACUCAGCCCAGUUAUCUUUGAAGGUAAAUAUUUUGCACAAUGCAAGCGCUUGUAGACUGGAUUUGUGAACUUGUAGAAAAGAUUUGAACCUGUACGUUGAAAUUUUCACUCAGAAAAUAUUCACAUCUGUGUUCUGAAUUUGAAUUCACAGAAGAAAUAUGUCACUCAUUCACAAACAUAUUACAUAUUACAAUUCAAUUUCCAUGACGCGUAUCAUAUCUACAGCGGCAUAUAUGGUUUUAAAAGUAAGCACUCAUUCACAGCCACCUAUGAACAAAUACAUUUAAGAAAAUAUAAUUCUUGUCAGAUCGCAGGGAGCUGGACUCGAUCUCCCCACAGCAGAAGUCCUAAAACUGAAAGUCUCGGCUUAUCACCGUGAGCCACGCCCGCCUAACGCGCCGGUGUCGGUCACAUAUUGACACAUUAUGUCAUCCUCCAGGUAACGUUCGCAUCUGGGUUCACCUGAAUCGGUUACCAUCGGCUCGUCUCAGGAAAUACCAGAAUUAAUCGAGAUUGUUUUCUCGUUAUGACAGAAAAACGAUCCAACUCCAGACAAUACUGUCAAAACACUGAUCCACAGGAAGAAGUAAAAUAUACGUGGUAAUGAUUGAAGUAAAACUAUAAACAAUAAAAAAAAUUAAUUUCUAAUGCCUUUUCUUAAAAUGAAUGCUUCACUGUUUGAGUUCGGUAAAGAAUUGAUGGAGGUGAACCCAGAGCAGAACGUCACUUGUGAAGUUGAAGUGGCAGAUUCGAGAGGUCGUAAUGAGUAAAAAUAGUUCAUAUGAGUAAAUGUUAGAUUACAAGUUUGCAGAUGCCAGUGUAUUCAUGUAAAUAUCGAUCUACACGUUUGUGAAUAUUUUAUUCUGUGAGUGAAAAUUUCAACAUACGUUCCAAUCUUUUCUACGAGUUCUCACAUGGUCUUCCACAGGUUCACUAAUCCAGUCUACAUAUUUACCUUCAUAGUUAUCCUCCCUUUGUUCUUCAGGGCUGGAAUUAAUUUAAAUAGGUUUCCAAAAUGUCAGGUGCUAAAACCAAAGGGAUCUGUAGCAUCAGCUUAGUAAGUUCACUGCCUCCUCAGGUUUAAAAUUCAAAAGCAGCUUAAUCUUUUUCUUUUUGGGAAAGAAGUUCAAGUUGUGCCUCUCACUUAGACCUGUGCCUGGAACGCUUGAAACAUAACAUUGUUACUCACAGUAGUUGUCAGUCAGACGAAGUCGAACCCUUGACGUUACGUCGAUUGAUUGUAAACCAGCUGCUUUGUACAAAGACGACAAACGUCCUCAUCUUUAAUGUUACAUCCAGAUCCACAGCGUAGAAGCUAAAUCACUCCCCCACUCCACUAGAAUUUCCAUAAAACCUUGUUGAGAAGGACGAUGGUUUGAAAGAAAGUCUCAGAUGAAGGAAAAAAAACUAGAAAAAAUAAUAAUAAUGUGAUUAUUAAUAGUCACACUGAUUGUAUUGUUUUUUACGGUAUGUGAUGAGAUGAUUCGCUGUAAAUAUUGCAUUUUUUAAACUUAUUUUCUAACUAAAAAACUUUAAAUAUGUUUACUGUUACUGCAGUAUUCCUCUACGGAACUCUAUAGAGCUUCUCCCUGUCAUGAAUUGUGUGAAUUAUGGCCUCUGUGGUCAGACAUCAUGUAAUUUGUUUUUGCACUGGUACAUGGCGACUCUCUAUUCAAUGUGUUAAUGUGCCGAGACAUACCUGCAAUGACUUUAUAGAUAUAAUAGAUUUCUAAUUAUAUAUUUUGAAUGUUUGUAUGGGCUUUUAAAGAAGUGUGCUAUGUCACCUGAUUGAACUGGAGACAUGUUGUGAUACUGAACCUAAUCCCGGAUCUACAAUGUGUCAAAACUUUUCAACCCAUGCAAAGCUUUGUGUCUCAAAUUUUUCAACUAUUAAAUAAGAAAAAUAUUCCUA